AUGCUCCUCCUCACCGAAAUCCCGCGCGACCAGAGCCCAGGAGUGUGGGCUGAUAAGACCGAUAAGAAGCUUGUCAAACCCACGCGAGACCGAGAACCGGUUCUUGUCAAACCAUCGUCGAUUCCUCGCCAAGAACGCCCUGAGGACGCUGUCACCACUGUCACCUCACUCCUCGCCACGGGCUUCAUGUCUUCAAUGAUAGAUUUCGGUGUCUCCGGUUGGGGAUUCGAGAGGCUUCCCGCAUCUGGAUUAUAA